AACGCAUCACCGAGAGCAGACUGGCUUCUACAUUGUUAACGUUGAUUUCUCCCGUUCAAGCCAGCAUUUCUGUCUUCCAUGAGCCAAACAGGGGUCACAGGCUCACACAAAACGCAUGAAAUCUCGGCUACGUUUUCGCAGCGGGACAUACACCGGCAAACUCUCUAACAUGAGGAGGAUUGCUGGCUGUAACCCUGCCCAGACCGGAGGCUGCUGGUAGGGAUGGUGCCGCUUUGAAGAGGCUGUUUCGGAAGACAUGCCAGCGGUCGGGGGAAAAGGGAGGAAGUGCCUGGACAACAUGACUCUUUUCAACCAAGAAAAUGUUGAGGAAUUUUACGAAAUUGGAGACGAGCUGGGAAGUGGGCAGUUUGCUGUGGUCCGAAGAUGUCGGCACAGGGGUACGGGUGGGGACUACGCCGCGAAAUCCAUCAAGAAGCGGCGCAGCAAGUCAAGUCGACGAGGGGUGACGAGGGAGGACAUAGAGCGCGAGGUGAACAUCCUGAAGGAGAUCCAGCACCCCAACAUCAUCACGCUGCAGGAGGUCUUUGAAAACAAGGCAGAGGUCAUCCUGAUCCUGGAGCUGGUGGCCGGCGGUGAGCUCUUUGACUUUCUGGCAGAGAAGGAGUCGCUGAGCGAGGAGGAAGCCACUCAGUUCCUCAAGCAGAUCCUGGAUGGAGUCUGCUACCUGCACGCCAAACAGAUCGCUCACUUUGACCUAAAGCCGGAGAACAUCAUGCUGCUGAACCGCUCAGUGCCUCACCCUCGCAUCAAGCUCAUUGACUUCGGCCUGGCCCACAAAAUAGAUUUUGGCAAUGAUUUUAAAAACAUUUUUGGAACUCCAGAAUUUGUAGCUCCAGAAGUAGUCAACUAUGAACCUUUGGGCCUGGAGGCAGACAUGUGGAGUGUUGGUGUCAUAACGUACAUCCUUCUAAGUGGUGCGUCUCCCUUCCUGGGUGACAACAAGCAGGAGACUCUGGCCAACGUGUCGGCCGUCGACUACACAUUCGACGAGGAGUUCUUCAGCAACACCAGCGUCCUGGCCAAAGACUUCAUUGCAAGGCUCCUUGUCAAAGACCCCAAAAAGAGAAUGACGAUUCAGGACAGCCUCCAGCACCCCUGGAUCAAGCCAAAAGACACUCAGCAAGCACUGAGCAGAAAGGAAUCGGCUGUCAACAUGGAGAAGUUCAAGAAGUUUGCAGCUCGAAGGAAGUGGAAACAAUCCGUCCGACUUAUCUCCUUAUGCAACCGCCUGUCCCGCUCCUUCUUGUCCAGAAGCAACAUAAGUGUGGCACGCAGUGAUGACACGUUGGACGAGGAGGACUCCUUUGUGAUGAAGGCCAUCAUCCACGCCAUAAACGAUGACAACGUGCCCGGUCUGCAGCAUCUGCUUGGCUCCUUAAACAAUUACGAUGUCAACCAGCCCAACAAGCAUGGGACUCCUCCCCUCCUGAUUGCAGCCGGCUGUGGUAACGUUCAGAUCAUUGAGGUGCUGAUGAGAAAAGGCGCAGAGAUCCAGGCCCAUGACAAGAGUGGAACCAAUGCUAUCUACUACGCAGCAAGACAUGGCCACGUGGAGACCCUGAAAUUCCUCCAUGACAAGAAAUGUCCUCUGGAUGUCCAAGAUAAGUCGGGGGAGACUGCUCUUCAUGUGGCAGCCCGCUACGGCAACGUGGAUGUGGUGAGCUAUCUGUGCAGCAUUCGGGCCAACCCAGACCUGGCUGACAGGGAGCAGGAGACCCCGCUGCAUUGUGCUGCGUGGCACGGAUACUCUCCAGUAGCUCGAGCCCUCUGCCAUGCAGGCUGCCACGUGGACGCAAAGAACCGUGAGGGGGAGAGUCCGCUGCUGACAGCAUCUGCUCGGGGCUUUGUGGAUAUUGUGGAGUGCCUGGUGGAGCACAAGGCCGAUCUGGAGGCGACUGACAAGGACGGCCACACAGCCCUCCACCUGGCCGUACGAAGGUGUCAGGUUGAAGUGGUCCGGUGCCUUCUCCGACACCACUGUCACCUGGACCAGCAGGAUCGCCAUGGAAACACGCCGCUACACAUCGCCUGUAAGGAUGGAAACCUGCCCAUCGUCAUGGCAAUCUGCAGCGCCAAGGCCAGCCUUGACCCGCCCAACAAGUACGGCAGAACUCCCCUCCACAUGGCUGCAAACAGUGGGAGCCUUGAAGUUGUCCGCCAUCUUUGCAUGGCUGGAGCCAACAUUGACGCCGUGACCAAUGAUGGAAAGACAGCAGAAGAUUUGGCUCAUACUGAUCAACAUGAACUCAUUGCUGCUCUCUUGGGAAAGCUUAAAAAGGACAACCACAAACUGAGCUACAUCCAGCAGCUGCGGCCCACUCAGACCGUCCAGCCCCGGAUGAAGCUGAAGCUGUUUGGAUACUCCGGAACAGGGAAGAGCACCCUGCUGGAGUCUUUGAAAUGUGGCAUCCUGCGCAGCUUCUUCAGGAGGAAGAGGACACGCAUGACAAAUACAACCCGCCACCCUAACUCCCCUAUCAACUCAAAACCUGCUGUGUCGGUGAGUAUUAGCAACUUGUACCCUGGCUGUGAGAACGUGAGCGUGCGGAGUCGCAGCAUGAUGUUCGAGCCUAGCCUGACCAAAGGUGUCCUGGAGGUCUUCUCCCCCGUCCACAACGCUCUGUCCUCAGCUGACGAACAGGCCACAAAGGCCAUCGACAUCCAGCACAGCAACAUCCAUGGUGUGGGGGAGUUCAGCGUGUGGGAGUUUUCAGGAAACCCGGUCUAUUACUGCUCCUACGACUACUUUGCAGCCAACGACGCGACAGCGAUCCACCUGGUCCUGUUCAGCCUGGAGGAGUCAUACGAGACCCAGCUAGGACACAUCACAUACUGGCUGAACUUGCUGAAGGCUCUCAACCUGCCACAGGACAACAUCGCUUUCGGAGGUCGGAUCCAGCAGCCUCUCACCGUCGUCCUGGUGGCGACGCACGCCGACCUUGCUGACAUCCCGAGAGCUUUUUCUGGAGAGUUCACCUACGACAAGGAGAAAGUGCUGCUUAAGGAAGUCAGGAACAGGUUUGGGGUAGACCUGCAGAUCAGUGACAAAUUGUUUGUGAUGGAUGCCGGAGCCUCAAACUCCAAAGAGGUGAAGCUGCUGAGGAGUCACCUGCAGGAGCUUCGUGCCAACGUCAUCUCUAGGUGUAGUCCCAUGACGCUGCUGUCGGAGCGUUUGCUUACCACCUUGCCGACCUGGAGGAAACUGAGCGGACCCAACCAGCUGACGUCAUGGCAGCAGUUUGUCAGCGACGUCCAGGAGCAUAUCAACCCUCUGGUCAGCCAGGAUUACCUCCGCACACUGGCCCUGCAGCUCCACAGCAUGGGGGAGAUCAACAUCAUGCAGAGUGAGACGGUGCAGGAUGUUGUUCUGCUGGAGCCUCGUUGGCUCUGCAGCAACGUCCUCGGCAAGCUGCUCUCUGUGGAGACGCCCAAGGCCAUCCACCACUACAGGGGGCGCUACAGGCUGGAGGAGGUGCAGGCUCUGGCUCCUGAGAGUGACGUGGACGAGCUCCUGCAGAUCCUGGAUGCCAUGGACGUAUGCGCCCGUGAUGCCACCAACCCCUCCAUGGUGGAUGUUCCUGCCCUCAUCAAGACAAACGGCCUCCACCGCUCCUGGACCGAAGAAGAGGAGGAGGAGUCACUGCUUUACGGCGGGGUACGCCUCGUCCCCGCGGAGCACCUGACCCCCUUCCCUUGUGGCCUGUUUCACAAACUGCAGGUGAAUCUGUGUCGCUGGAGCCACCAGCAAAAGCCGGAGGAGGAGGGCGGGGAGGAUUUCGAUGGAGAUAUCCACCUGUGGACCAAUGGAGCCAAGGUAAGCCAAGGCGGAGUAGAGGCCAUGAUCCUGCUGGUCAACCACGGCCAGGGGGUGGAGAUUCAGGUGCGCGGGCACGACUCAGAGCGGGCCAAGUGCUACACCCUGUUGGACACCAUGUGUAGUAUAACAGAGAACCUGCUGGCCUCCACACUCCCCGGACUGCUCACAGCUAAAUACUACUUGAGUCCUCAACAGCUGCGGGAGCACCAUGCCCCCAUCAUGAUCUACCAACCCAAAGAUUUCUUCCGGGCCCAAGUCCAGCGGGAGACCUCUCUCACUAACACCAUGGGUGGCUACCGCGAGAGCUUCUGCAGCAUUCUGGCUUUCGGCUGUGUUGAAUUUUACCAGCAGGGGACUCUGGGAAGGGACAUCCACAUAUCAGACGUCCCCCUGUUGGCUCGCAGGAAGCUCUGCCGCAUGCUGGACCCUCCUGACGCUCUGGGGAAAGACUGGUGCCUGCUGGCUAUGAACCUCGGCCUCACAGACUUGGUGGCCAAACACAGCAACGGGACUCCAAAUGGCACCCCUGAGCUGGACACGGACCCGGACUCCCAGGAGGCCGUGCUGCAGCCCAGCCCAACAGCAGCACUGCUGCAGGAGUGGAGCGGGCGACCAGACAGCACGGUGGGCGUGCUGAUGGCCAAACUGAGGGAAUUAGGCCGCCGAGACGCCGCCGACUUCCUGCUCAAAGCUUCUCCUGUUUUCAGGGUCAACAUGGAAGCGCUGGUAGGGGCCGCCAAUGGCUACCCCCCCACCUGCAACGGUGGCACAUCGUACAAUUCCAUCAGCUCCGUCGUAUCCCGCUGAACUGAACGAUUCAGCUUUCUGUCCUUUGCCAAACGUCAGAUAGUCUGAUGUGACAUUUCCCUGGAAACGGGACUCGUGUGUGAAUGAACAUGAAGUGCAAUCGUUCAGCUACUCGCUCCUUAAUCACUCCAUUAAGUUGGCGUAUGAACCAGAUGUUGUGUUUGUGCUCUCCACACCUGUACAGCUGACCUUUCCUUCCAAUAUGAAUGUUGUGAAAGAGCCGAUUUUCCUGCGCUCCAAAGAGGAAUCCUCUGCUUUUAUUCUGUUCUGACUCUUGUGCUGCUGUUUAAUACCCCUCCAACUCUACUUCACACUUAAGUCUUACUCAUCUUACAGAAAAGCUACAUUUUUAAAAGCUAUCAUCUCUAGAUAAAGCAAUGAAUAAAAAAGAUGGCAGUCUCAUGUUUGGACCUUUUUCAUAUCCAGAUGAAAAACUGAGGACUUGCCAUCUUAACUCCCUCCAUCCAUCACAGUUACAUAUAAUAUUAUCUGCCCCUCCUUUCUUCUGUUCUACUGAUGUGACAUUUGGGCCGUUCAGCUUAGUGUUUAAUAAUUAAACGGCGUUUUUCAGAGUGCCUUUGUGGCCUUCUACCUCCCUAAAGAGCACAAAUAGUCUUGCUAUUAUAUAGAAAAAAAACAGUAGUUCUUUCCAAACAUAUGAAGAGCUGUGCCUUGUUGACACUAAUAGGAAAAAUAAUUGUAAUCAAGUCUAUAGUCUUUAAAUGGAAAAGGUUAUCUUACAUUUUAGACUGGAAAUAGGUUGAUGAUGGAAGGUAAAAAAAAAAAGCUCAGCUCAUGUUACAAGCUUUUUGAAAAUGUAAUUUUACUGGCAAAAAGAAUCAAACGGAAAGCUGACAUCAGAGUCGUGCAUGAGAUGAAAUAUUGGAUUAUCAGUGUGGAGUUCAUAUGAUGCUCUGUAGGAAAACGUCAUUCGUGUUUAAUUGGAGCAUUUGGGUUUAUACAGAUUAUCCUGCCAAAAGUGUAUUACUUCAUUAAUCCAACAACAGAAAUCUCUUGAUUGUUGAUUCAUUUUUGGUGACACUUUAUUUUACGUGUCCUGUAAUUCCCGAAGAAGUUAACCUCACUGUAACUAUGACACAGUGUUACAAGACAGUUAUUUGUCUGUUGUUGUUGGAAUUUCCAGGAAAGAACUGCAAAAAUGUUAAUGACUAUGGUAAAGUACUUGAUGUUAGGAGUCAAAGCUGCGCUAAUCAAGUUGUUAUUUUAUUGAUAUCCAAAACCCAAAGAUUACUAUCAUAGAAGAAAACCAGCAGAUAUUUCAAAGCUAGGUCCAGGGACUUUUUUGGCAUUUUUUUUUACAAAAGUACUUUUUAAUUAUCAAAAGUUGAUCAACUAAUCUUCGUACAGUAUAGGCCUACUGUGUUUUGAAAUUAACAUGCUUUUCCAUUUUAAUACUUAAAGAAAAUACAAAAUAUACAGUAUAUAUGCCACGUCAUAAGAAAAUCAAACUGCAAGUUAGCAAAAAGUCUACCUGGAUGAGUACAGUAUGUAGUAUGGAAAUGGAAUACACCUUGAGUCUGCAUUUUUCUUAAAAUUGUUACCAGAAUUACAAGAUUGUCCUUUGCAGGAACCUUUUAAAGAGUUACUAGUUGCAUAUCAGUUCCUUUCUUAAAAUUUUAGCCAACUAUGGGACCUGUAAAAUGAAGUGUAGCUUUAAAUGUUUCUACUUAAAAGUCGAUUCCCUAAUUUUCAAUUCACACAAAUGACCUUUAGCCAUUUACAUUGUCUUAUUGAAGGAGGUUUAUCCUUCCAGCACCAAAAUGAAUUUGCUGUAGAUCUGUCUGAAAAAUCGUCUUAAAAAUGUCAAAAGUUAUCAUGGUAGACCGGGUGGAGCUCGGCACGGAUACUGCAGAGCUCCCUUUACAUUGUAUAGAAAGUGCCACCAAGAUGAUUAAAACGUAAAGUUUCUUUGUAACAUUUUCUACUAAGCCUAAAGGUAAUUUAUUAUAUCCAGUAAACACACCUGACACUGCAUCUUUUUAAUGCUUCUUCGACAAGUUCUCUCCAUUAGUGACGUCAACAAUCAAGUUACUGUGCACAGUGUCAGAUUUGUACACCGCGGCAUCGACGCAGCUUCUCUCAAACUCAAUUUGAGCUUCUCUCCGUGUCAGCGUCGGUCGACCGUGCGUGUCCUCACACCUUCUUUCACUUUUGUCUUUUUAUAUUAUGAAGCUGCAGCUCGGCUCGGUCAGCAAAAGCAAAGGAAAAAUGGCAUGAAGUUAGUAUUGUUAGCUAUAAAAGGCCAAAGGCUGAUAAUGACAGAAAUGUCCUUUUGUGUCAGCUGGUGUUUUAUAAUGUUUGAAACCAGACAAUUUUUCAUGUGUUGAUGUUUGGAAAAGAGUCUUUCAUUCCUAAAAAGCUAGACUUUUAUAGGCCUUUUUCAGCACAGAGUCUCACAAUUUGAUUGAAAAAAACAUGCGCUAAUGUGCCAGAGUGCAGUAUUUCUUGUUGUCUUCACUUCUCAGUGUUACCAUCUAUUUCAGAGAUAAAACUUCAAAUACCGUUCUUCUCUCACAGUUUUUGUCUCAACCUGAACUUGCCAAUGCACACAGCAAAACUUCCAGCUGUGAUGUAAAUACUCCUCUCUUUUUUUCCUCAACUUUAUCCUUUUUCUGUUCACUUUUUUGGCCCAAAAUGUUGAUUCCAAUUUCAACAAAAAGGAAUGUACUAAUCUCUCAUAAAAAUAUA